GAGGCGCAGCGAUGUGGCGGGCGCUGCUGGCGGCGCUUGUGGCGACGGCGGUCGCGCAGUUCGAGCGGUACAGCUUCCGUAGCUUCCCGCGGGACGAGCUGAUGCCGCUGGAAUCCGCCUACCGCUACGGCCUGGACCAGUACAGCACGGAGAACUGGCCCGAGAGCGUCAGCUACCUGGAGGUGAGCGUGCGGCUGUACCGCCUGCUGCGCGACAGCGAGGCCUUCUGCCACCACAACUGCAGCUCCGCCGUGCCGCCCGCCGCCCCACCGCCCGCCGAUGGGGAGCUGGCCGAGCUGCGCCUGCUGGCCGGGGUGCUGCGGCGGGCGCAGUGCCUGCGGCGCUGCAAGCAGGGGCUGCCCGCCUUCCGCCAGGCCCAGCCCGGCCGCGAGCUGCUCGAGGAGUUCCAGCGCCGCGAGCCCUACAAGUACCUGCAGUUCGCCUACUUCAAGGCUAAUAACCUUCCAAAAGCUAUUGCAGCAGCUCACACGUUUCUUCUGAAGCAUCCAGAUGAUGAAAUGAUGCAAAGAAAUAUGGCCUACUAUAAGAGCAUACCUGAUGCUGAGGAGCACAUUAAAGACUUGGAGACAAAGCCUUAUGAGAAUCUCUUUGUCAGGGCUGUGAGAGCAUACAAUGGUGACAACUGGAGAACAUCCAUCUCAGAUAUGGAACUGGCUCUUCCUGAUUUCUUCAAAGCCUACGAUGACUGUAUAGCAGCCUGUGAAGGCUCCCGAGAGAUUAAAGAUUUUAAAGACUUCUAUCUCUCCAUUGCAGAUCAUUAUAUUGAAGUCCUUGCAUGCAAAGUGCAGUGUGAAAGUAAUCUGACACCCAUUAUAGGAGGCUUUGUUGUUGAGAAAUUUGUGGCCACCAUGUACCAUUACUUACAGUUUGCGUAUUAUAAAUUGAAUGACAUGAAGAAUGCAGCCUCUUGUGCUGCUAGUUACCUUCUAUUUGACCAGAAAGAUGAAGUAAUGAAACAGAACAUGGUCUAUUAUCAAUACCACAAAGACAAAUGGGGACUUCAAGAAGAGGAUUUUCAGCCCAGAUCAGAUGCAGUUAGAUAUCACAACAUAACCACACUCCAGUUGGAAAUGUAUGAAUUUGCAAAGGAACAUCUAAUGGAUGAUGAUGAGGGUGAAGUGGUGGAAUUCCUUGAUGAGUUGUUAGAAAUGGAAGAAAAGAAUGAAUCCUGAUGAGUGAAAUCACCAUGAAGUAUUCUACGAAAGCGAACGCUCACUGUUGUGCCUUAUUAUUGUUUUUGGUCACUUGUAGUUCCAGAUAGAUAUACCUCAAAACUGUUCCUUUACUCUCCAAAACACAUCACAUCUACCCCUCAGAUACCACCUCUGUGCUGCACUGGCUCUUUCAUGAGCAUGGGUUUUCACUGUGCCUUUACACAAUUGGUGCUUAUGAGUUUUCCUCCCAAGCUUUCUUUACACAAACACGACAAAACUGACAAUUCUUAUUUUCUGGAUUGACACUAAGAUUUCUUGUUCCAGUGCUGUGCCAUAUGCUUUAACAGUGCAGAUAAAUUGUAUUAUUUAUAUAUAUGACUGUGAUGAUUAAAUAAAGUGACACUGAAUCCCAGUGCAUCUCACAGAUGUUAAGGUAACAAACAAGGACUUCAAACAGCUUGAAAGGAUUAAUGAAGCACAACUGGUGAGCUUCAAAAAACUGCUUUAAGAAUUCUAUAAACAUUUUUGACCUUACUUUCACGUGGAAUUUCAUUCAGUUUUAAGAAAGGUCAUUUAGAAUUGAACAAUAAAUAAUUCCUACUUCC